CUUCUCGAAUUCUCCUGAUGAAAUUCGCUUGCUUGAACCGGAAAUUAGUUUUAGCGGAAAUGACGUUAAAAUGUUCAUUGAAGCCCAGACCUCCGCUCUUGAACACCUGCGAUGACCGUCUGUUCCCUUUUUCCUGAAUUUUGCGAAGCCAAACAUCGAAAUGUUAGUGAAAAUGCCGGCAUGAUGAGAAGUUUCGAUUCCCAGUUUUUCGUCUGCGUUCAUUUUAAAUGUUACCAACCUUUAUAUCUUUCUUUUAGGUCGAAAGUAACCUUCAAAAUUACCUUAACUUCGGAUCCGAAAUUGCCAUUCAAAGUACUUAGUGUUCCAGAGGGAACGCCGUUUACAGCAGUCUUGAAAUUCGCCGCCGAAGAGUUCAAGGUUCCUCCUGCCACUAGUGCAAUUAUCACAAACGAUGGUAUUGGCAUAAAUCCGUCACAAAGUGCAGGAAACGUGUUCUUAAAACAUGGAUCAGACCUAAGGAUUAUUCCAAGAGACAGAGUGGGAAGCAGGCUCAUAUCAGAAGAGAGGACACUGAAUUUAGACUUAAUAACCUGAAUAAAAUGCAUUUUGCCCACAUUAAAAGGCUCCUGAAGUGUUUACAUACAAAUACAAAGGAAAACAACACAUCCACUGAACAUGUGAUGCUCGAAAUUAAAUGUACUCAACAAACCCCAAAAACUUUUAAAUAUCUGUCAAGUAAAUAUUUUUUUGUACCUAUUUGCCCAGGUUCAAAUAUUUUCAUUUUUUGUAUUCAGUAAUUUUUAAAUGUGCAGUGUAAUGUUGUUUUUCAUGUUUCCAAGAAGCAGUGACCUGACCAAUGCCCAAAACCUUAUAGAGUGCGUCAAAAGCGCUGGGCACUCUGAGCAUUGCGAAUGUCAUCUGUGGCAUCCAUGACAUCUAAAGGACAAAAACAAAUUGGACUCCACGCACAGUAUUGAAAAAACCAGGAGAAAUAUUUUAAGUGCAAUUGGCUAUGAGUGCGAGAACAAAGGAUCAAGAGGAGAGAGUCAGGAUCCUUGCAUCUAGGUUUAUAUCUUAGUAGAAAUAAUAAACAAGAAUCAAUAACUCA